CAAUAAACAUAAUCAGAGGGAGUAUCAAGCAAUGCCUUGUAUUCUUGCUUUCUACUUUCAGAUUCAAUAGCAACUUAAUAAAGACUGUAAACUUUUUGGUUAGCAUCCCUUCUAAGAAAAGCAAAGUAUAUCUUCCAAAUAUUUUCAAUAUCACUUCCUGAUUUAAACUUGUAUUCUUAGUUCAAGGUUGGAUUAAUCAUUCCCUUCUUCCACCCUUUUCACAUCUUUAUCUCCGGGUAAGUUUUACCAGAUGGACCAAAGAGAAUUCCAUCUUCAACAUGUGGGCAUCUGUAACAGGCUCUAUCAUUUCCUCACGAAAGUUCUGGCUUCGCAAGCGUUGAAGACUGUGACUUUAGGGCAUUCUAAGCGUCAAAGUUCAAGCUCAACUGCCAUAAGAGGCUCUGGCCAAGUUGAAGACAAGAAGCUUCCACCAACUCAACCUCUUGUAGGUGACUCUAUUUCUAAGCCAUGCAAGAACGUUGAUGAGAAUAAAGGAGAGAAUGUGGCAUCAACAUUGCCAACGGCAAGUUUAGCACCAAUGCCAUCUAUAAAGAAAACCGUGAGCAUAAAUGAGAACGUGGAAGAGAUCCCCCCACCUAAGAAGUUGAAGAAGAAGUGGAGCAAGUCCUUUCAAAAAUCAUUUUCUCAGGAUCAAGACGAAGAACCAUCAACGCCUCCGCGAUCAAUUCUGAAAGUGCCUUCUGAUCUCAAUGACAAGUCCAAUUCCAUUUCUUAAUUCCACGUUUCGGGUGCAAUAAUGUUGGUGUCAAUAAUUUAUUGUAUAAAAAUAAUAAAAUUAUAACCCUCCUUCAUAUAAUAUAUCCUCUCAAGCAAUUUAAAAACAUAAUCCCAACAGGAAUCCCCGUGUGAAUGUUGUGGGUGGCAUUAACAAUCUCUUUGAUCAUUGAUGAUUCCACAAUUUUCUUUCUUUCUUUGUUUUGUACAUUUAAAUAUUU